AUGCUGUCUGCACUGCGGGAAGAAGCAGAAACUCUGUCAGUGGCAAAGCAGGGCUAUGGGCCUCGUAGUAAAGAUGAGGAUUAUUCAGAGAAGUUGCAUGUUGCCAGAGAUGCCAAACUCAAUUCAGUAUUUGUGAUGCUGUGGGAGAUUUAUGGAGAAGUGGGUGAAUGCCUGCGGGGCCGGGAACAUGGCCGAAAGCGGAGCGGCAGCCGCGAGGGCAGUGCGGGGCGGGCAGGGCACGCACCUUUCACUACAGCCCCGGCAUCCUCUUCCUCCACGGACCGCCGGGGACUCCAACGGAGCUCUGCCGCGCGGCUCUCUGCCGGACGGGGCCGCCCCCGCCGCUGCCCGGGGCGGCGAAGCGAGUCGAGCGCCUACCGCUGCGGGACGGGGGCGGGGGCUGCGGACGCGGACCGCCCCGCCGGGUCGGCGGAGGAGGGACGGAGCGAGGAGGAAGGCGCUCGGGGCAGCGGAGGCGGCCGACUCGGCCUCCGGGAGGGAUCCCCGGGGGAGGUUCGGUGGGAAUCUCCUCACGGCGCGCUGAGCCGGGCGGUGCGCCCGCGCUUCCCGCCUCGACGGAGCGCGAGCGGCGUCCGCGCAUCGGCUCUUCCCGCCCGGGACAGCCUCGCGCCUCCUGCGGGCACCGCUCAGCAGCAGCACCGCGUUACUCGGCGGGCGCAGAGCGCAUCCUUGCGGCCGGGACGCUGCCCCCGCGCCCCGCCGGUCACGGCCCUACCUCUCGCCUCGGCGCCCGCCGUUCGCGAGCCGCUGAGUAACGGCUCCGGCCGCGCGGGGCGGGAGCGGCGCAGCGCCAUCGCCUCAGCCCUGGGGCGGGGGCCGCGUGCCUCACCGCAUCGGAAUGCGGCGCGCGCCCCUCGCCCCCCGCAGCCCCCGCCCGGCGGCGGCAGUUGCGCUCGCGGCUCCCUGUUGCUUUUUGCUUUUCCCCCUCUCCAGCACAACGCCGCUGCCCGGUGAGCGGCGCGAGCGGUGCGAACAAGGGUUGCAUUCAGGGCCGCUUCGGGAGCGAGCGCGGCCCCCGUACCGUACCGUGCCGUGCCCCGCGGGUGAGAGGGACGGGGGCUGCACGGCCGCCAUCCGCACCGAGGGGUAACGCCUCUCGUCUGCACGCGUGGUCUGUUCCGUGCGGUGAGAAAAGUCUCAUAAAGUUUCGUUCUGGAGGAAACAUUCUCACUUUUUUUUUUUUUUUUUUUUUUUUUUUUUUUUUUAAGAGGCAAACGUUGUUCACAGAUAACGAAGUUUUAUUUUGGCCGCCUUUACACCGCGAGCACCGAUCCCCGUAGCCAAGCUGUGUGCGUUCCGUGUCGCGGCACGGCGCCGUGCAGCCCGCAGCUCACACACCCCUCUUCACGCCAGCAGCCCUACGCUGCUCCCUGAGAGAAGCGCAAACCCGAAGGCCAAAGCUGAAGUGCGGCUGUGUGCUGCGCGUUACCUCAGAGGCGUCGUUGUCCUGAGAGGAUAAUUCAGCAGUUGAAGAAAUGUGUCCAAAAGUCGACCAAAUUGUGCACUGAAGGCCUGUAGAAGUUACCUGCUUUCAAAACUUUGCACUGCUUUUCCUAACAAGGUACGCCAGGCACAGCAUCACUGUGUUUGCUGCCUGGCUGUAGGUGUGCUAUUCAGUUUCGUUCCCUCAUCAUCCUGUGGGCACCGGUGAUUGAAAAAAGGAGAUAAAACACUGAGAUGGAGCACUGUGGUGCUUUUAGCAGCGCAGAGUCCAAAUCAGGCGUUGCUCGAGAGGUGAGAGACAGCUAAUCCGAGGUGAAUCUGUUAGUUAAUGUCCUGAUAGUGAUCGGACAAGGGAGAAUGGCUUUAAACUAAAAGAGGGGAGAUUUAGGUUAGGUGUUAGGAGGAAAUUCUGUACUCAGAGGGAGGUGAGGCCCUGGCACUGCUGUCCAGAACUGUGGGUGCCCCAUCCCUGGAGGCACUCAGGGCCAGGUUAGAUGGGGCUGGUGGGGGGCACCAGCCCAUGGCAGGGGGGUGGAGCUGGAUGGGCUUGGAGGUCCCUUUCAUACCAAGCCAUUCUGUGGUUAACUGUUAACGUGAAUCGGCCUCUACUGAAACACAGCAUGUGUUGGCUGAAACCUGGCUAUUGAAAAAACACGCAGCCUUCCCCUCACCACCAGUGCAGCUUGGAUUGCAUUGGCUGCGCACAGUACUACCAAAAGAGGUGCUGCAACAGCAAGCUGCAAAAAGCAAGGCUCAGAUGAAUGAUGCUUUCCGCUUCAUGUUCUGUAUGAUCUGUAUACUUUUCAUUUAUUCUUUUAGUGUACUGAAUACUGACCUGAACUAAGGUCAGUUGCUGAUACUUUAUGUAUUCCCAGUGUUGGAGGCACAGUUGCCCUUUAGAACUGAUCAUGCAAUGUAUUUUCAGCACUACAGCAGUGGCAAUGAAUUAUCCCCUGAACACACAGGCAGCAGGAACCUUUCCAUUGGAGCUUUUUCCAGUUUCUCUCUGCUUUUCCAGUUGUUUUUGAAAGUGCAGGAAAGUUAUCAUCAUAUUAUUCCAGUGGAAAAAACAUCUAUAUAAUUUUUCCUUCACAAUGUGUUCGUAUUUUUUUCUCAGCUUGCAAAACUCCACCAGUAAAAGGUAUACUGCACUGAGAGGAAAGUGAUACAUUUUGCAGAGAGGAAACUUUGGAGAAGUCACCACAUCCAUGACUCAGCAAAGGAUUAAGGCGUGCCUGUGACCUGAACACACAGCAGUGGGGUCCAUAGCACACUGCAGCAAUGUUGCUUUUGGCAUCUCUUUCUGAGCUCCCGAUUUGUUCUAUGUGCACCCAAACACCACAUCAUCAUUUAUUAAUGUUAACCAAAACCCACCUAACUGUGAGAACCAUAAGGCAGAUAGAGCAGUACAGAUGCUCUGUACCAAACACCCAGAUGCUUCUCUGAGUGCUGCAGGGAAGGAGAUACCACCAUGGCUGUGGGGCUGUCCAUUUCCACGUGUCCUCUUGUGAACAACGGUUCUGAAGCUGCACCCUCGUAAUGCACCGUGGGCUAAGAAGAACUGAAGCAUGAAGAAAUGAUGCACCUAGAUAUUCCUAAAAAUAUAUAUGUUACUACUUAACUUUUAAUGUGAUUUCUCUCUUUGAGGACAAGUUCAAAGUCGCACGCAGAUCCCGAGGAAGCUGAGUGUGCAGCCCAGGGCUGAGGCACACCAUCUUCUUUACGUUCCAUCUGAGUGCACAGCCCUCAAGGUGCUGCAGGCAGAUCUGGCUUUGCAGGAGGGAGCAUUCAUUGGUGAGCCCGACCUCAGUGCUGUGCUGAACUAACGGCUUUUUCCUGCACUGGACUGGGAUUGUGGAGCACAGUUCCUUCUUAACCUUCUCAGCCAAUCAAAAAGUGCUGUAAAGAAUGCAUGAGUUUGCCUUUUUCUCUUGUAUGUCAGAGCCCACCAGCACUCCGUGAGAAGUGGCUGCUGUUGGUCGUGCUGUGCCCUGCUCUAGCAAAUGCAGGACAGCACACUGCUGCAGGUCAUCAUGUGGGUGGAUCCCAGCAGUGCCAAGCAGCACACAGCCCCUGUUUGGGUUAAAAAAAUUAGUUAAACUUCAAAGUGAUGCGUAACCAUUAAAUUCCACGCAUCCCUGUGAAAUGCUAAGUGUUAUUCACUUUAUACAGUGGGGGAUCUAAAGCUGCGUGAGCUGCCUUGGGCAAUCCUGCUAACAUCAGGGAGAAAAAGCAGUACAGCCCUGGGACCCAUGCUCAGAACACUCGGCUUUGUUUUCUGUGUGCAUUCUGUACAGCAUUUCCUUGCCUAAAACCUGCAGUGUCAUGUAUCAAGGGGUAUUUUGUCUUUAAUUGUGUUAUUCUGUAAUAAUAUUUGCAAACAAAUGAUUUAACAAAUUACAUAAAACAUACAAAAUAUGCUUUUAAUUUAAAAAAAGAAAAUACCCAAAGGUUUUUCCUCAGGCUUUGCUCCAAAAUUCACCCUUCAGCCAGGACUGCAGAAAGGCACGCACACGUGUGCACGCAAACAAAUUCUGAAAGCAAAUUAGAAACACAUGAAAAUGGGGACUGUCUUCUUAACUGCACUCUGUUUUCAGUACAGCCAAACUGCCAGUGGUUUGCUGAUGGAGGAACACGCAGGCCUUAUCUGCACAGUGUUCCUCCCUCUCUCCAGCCUUGUUCUCCUGCAUAAGGCACAGCCCUGUCUCAGUCAGGAGGUGGCUGCCCAGCAGAAGAGCCUUUGUAGAAUAAUACUUUCCAUUAAGACAACUAUUACUUAGUAAAAGCCUGCUUUUGGAACUAUUUUAUUGUGAUUGCAAGACAAAUAAUUAGAAUCUGUGUCAUUUCUUUACUAAUACAUAGUAAUGAACAUACACAAGACAAAAUACCUGAAUUUCAGCAGCUGCUUUGAAAUGAUAGACUGUGCUGGAGGUUCCUGGUGUGACCGCAUUAGAGGCUCGAUGUCACUUUAUGUGACAUGAGGUUUGGUUUGGCUAUUUCGAGCAUCAGCUGCCACAGAGGUCAUUCUGAAUACAGAAUGAACACUUGAAAAUUUGUGACAUUUCGACGAGGAAGAAAAAAUAAAUCUGAUAAAAUAAAAAACUGCUAAAAACAACCGAUAAACUGAAACACUUUCAAUAAAGUUCUUUGAAAUUGACAUUAGCUGCUUGACUUUCAAGCCGUUGGUAAAGGUGUCCUCCAGAUAAGCUUUGGAAGAGCUACAAAGUUUUUGGAGUAAAAUUGAAAAUGUUCUACCACUAAGACAGAACAUUUCUGGCAAGAAGAACUAUUUACAAAUAUGAAAUUGUUGCAUUAUGGCUUUUGGGGGAGCUAUGCUACAUUCCAUUCAACAGAUGUUGUAUUUCAGUGGAGUAACUCCUAAUACAGAUCAAAUGAAUGAUGGCUCUUUUGCCUCAACUGUAUUCCCACCAUAUAACAGAACACUUUUAGAACUGAUUUUUGCUGCACCAUUAUUUCGAGAUGUUUUCUAAAAGCUAGAAACUGUGCUAGAAUAUGGAUUCAACUGGAGGAAUAACUCAUCUUUACUCCACCUUACAGUUCAGAGUAUGAUGCAAACAGUGGAAAUCAAAGUAUUAAUACCACUCACUGGAUAAAAGUGUUACAUCAUAAUUUUCCAUUAUUUCUUUUCUAAAAACAGAAGAUGGAAAAUGUACAUUUAUGAAUGUUGCAGAAUGGACCGAAGCUGUAUAUAAUUUUGACAUACGUGACUCGAAUGAAAGUUUGCCCCAUCCUGCAAGUCAGCAUUGAGGCAGCGCUUCUCAGAGUCUGAUAAUAUUAGAGACUUGGACAUUAAGUUUUAUGUAAUAAAAUAUAACUAUAUAUGAGUGUAAGAUUUUAUAUAAUUCCUAUGAACUUGAAUAGAGUUUAAAUAAAAACAACUGGCAGUUUUUGGUGUUCAAUCUAGCAUAAAGCCUAUUCUGAAACUGCA